GCCCACUUCGAGUUGACAGGGUUUUUCGCAAAAUGGCGCCGUCCUAUAUGCGGAUGUGCGGUGGUGCUUCUAUGACAUUUCUGUGCGGAAUCCGGUACAUGGGCUUCACUGUAGGGUUCUGCAGGCCUCAGUUAGCCGUCACACAACUCAGACUGUGUUUAAUAAGGCAGUAUUCACCUUCUCAAGCGAGAUACGGCCUUGGCCAAAGCAUCGCAGCAAGAUUGAAAUGGGCAAACGAAAAGUACGAGAAAUUUCUUCAGCGACGUUUCCCCAGAUUUUUCGUCCUCUAUUCAACAUUUACACGAGGAUUUCGACUGUUUUUCGAGGAUGCCCGAGAAGUUCAUAGGAUCAGAAUUCGGAUGAUAAAAAACAACAUCGAUCCUCGUAAGCUGCCUUAUCGUGAAAUGGAGAAGCUCAGACAGUUCCACAGAGACAUGAUCAAAGCCAUUCCUCUGGUGAUCAUCUCCAUUCCUCCGUUUGCCAACUACCUAGUGUUUCUUUUAAUGUAUCUUUAUCCUCGCCAGCUUCUGAUUCGCCAUUUCUGGACGCCACGACAACUGUUGGAGUUCCAGGCGGUGUAUCACACACAGAGAGCUCAGCAUCACGAGCCACUGCUCGGUGGGUUAAAGACGACAGCGUCGCACCUCGCACACGAACAACUAAAGAGCCGACUUCUAGACCUAUGCAGUAAAGUCCAGAGUGGUGCUCACCCUGUUGUGUCUGAUCUUCACGCAGUGAGAACUUUAUUCUCAGGUCCUCCACUGGGAAUCAGAAGAAUGGAUGCCGAUCAGAUGAGACACCUUUGCACGUUGCUCUUCUUAACGCCCCGCCUCCCGGCGUUCUGGAUUGGCCAGCGGUUGAAUAGCCACGCCCUAGAGCUCAUGCAUCUGGAUCGUGCCGUCAUCAACAUGGGCCUCCAUCAACUCACUGACACGGAGCUCAAACAGGCUUGUUACGUGAGAGGGCUGAACGUGGAGCGUCUGAGUCCCGCACAGUGCCGAGACUGGAUGUCACAGUGGUUGCAGUUCUCAGUGCACCUUAAAGAAUCCGAGACCUCGCUGUAUUUACACGGUAUGAUGCUGCUAACAGUGAACUACCCGAACUGUCCACACAGCUGAUCAGAACCUGCGAUCUUCUCAUCAAAGCAUCGUGAAUAAAGCGUUUAAGAACCUCUGGCUGGAAGGGAAAAAGCAGAGGGUGUGUGAACCACUAACGUUAUCAGAGACGUUCCAGAACGGUAUCAGGAUCCGGCACAGCUCCUCAAUGACAGUGUUGAGUGAAUCUGAGAGGGAAUGAUGGUAAUCUCAGCGAAAUGAUUAAAAUGAUGGGUGGGAAUCGUGAUGAAAGCAGUAAAAACAAAACACUAGCAGAAGUGAAAGUCAAAGUCAGUCUUUCCUUUAGCCUUUAUCCUGACAGAACAAUUUGAUCCAUUCCACAAAAUAACAUACAACUUUAAACCUCAGAAAGACUAAAACGUCUAAACUCUAAGUCUGGCUUGUGAUUUGCUGCCUUUAUGUUUGUUAAUUAAUUCUUCCUGUGCUGCACAAUACAGACAAAUCAUCUACACACAGAAUCCUGAUGGAAUUGUAGGUUUGAACAGUAGUCAGGGUUGCCAGUUAUCUCAAAAAACAAACAAGAAAACAACACAACGCAUAAUCAAUAAAACUUCUAGUUUAUAACUAAUUAAUAUGAAGUAACAUCAUACAUCAUUUGUAACGAGUCUGUAUUAAUCCAUUCGUUAAUAAUCCGAGACGUCUGUAGGACAUAAUUUGUACUUCGUAUCCAUUUACAAUGCUACACUACUUGUUAAUGUACUACUGCUGAUUUUAAUCAGAAGCACAGACCGUAGACUCUGCCAGUUAAAAGCUGGUAAAUAUACAGAUUCUAUUCACAUUCGAUUACAUUUAUUUGUGCCACCAGAAACCGUUCGUGACAGAAAGGAUGAUGUUCCCUCAGUUUGGCCUGCAUAAAUCUCUGUAAAUGUGCCUUGAUGUUAUAAAGACAUAUUGUUAAUGACCUCUGCUAUAUAAAGAAGUGUUUAUUAUUUCACAUACAAAA